CUUCUCGAGCUCACUGGACUAAACUUUCAGACCAAAAAAGUAUUUUUGUUUCUCUCUUUUUUUUUAAGAUAGCAAGCGUAUGCUGCAUAAACUCCAUGUACGUAAUAGGCUCUGUCAUACAUAGUCUAUCAAUACGGAUUCAACCAUUUUUUUCUAUAAAUACUUCCACCUAUCGCUUACCUGGGCAUAUACAUCGUUCAGAAAUCGAGACUGAAAACACUGCCGAACAGCCUUACUGAAGACACGCACACCACGGUAUCUCUGAACCGGUAGAAGAUUGCCGCCUUUUUCGUGAGGAGAAAGUUUUCUACCCAUCAUCCAAAAAUGAAGCUUGAAAUUGCAUCUGUUAUCGCAAUCAUCUGUUUCUCGCUGAUUGUUUCGACCAGUGCACAGAUCUCUUGUGCCAUGUUCCAAAAGUACAAGAUUCCGUACUUUCAGUGUCGGACUGGGAACGAAUGCUGGAUGGAUUACUAUGAAUGCGACUACGUGCCGGACUGCCGGGAUAACUCAGAUGAGGACCAAUGCGAAGAAAAACGCGCUGUCGAUUGCGAGCUAGAUUUCCAAGAUAAGAUGGCAAGUGACGGCAAGCCCCUUCAGAGCUUCCAGUGCGACAAUGGCAUGUGCAUCUUGGGAUGUCAGCGGUGCGACGGAGUGAUGGACUGCGCAGACAACUCCGACGAGUCCGGCUGCAAUGGCACGGAGGUCAUACCACCAUGCCAAUAGAGAGUGACAGGAGAUAGUUGCUGGUUUAACAAUAUCCGGGGAAAUAAAUGUAUGUUGUCCAUGCGUGAUGAGCGUUUAUCGGUAUAAUCUUGUAUGCCUAAAGUUUUGAGGUGCAACAACUCGAAUCAGAUUUGGACUAGAUUAAGAUUGCAACAUCCCCAAAAUACACUUUUCAAAAAAAAAAAGAAGAAGAAAUAAAGAUAUACUCAAAUAUGGGAAAAACAUUUUACACGCAGGUAUUAACGACUUAUGCAAAUUAGGCACCCUUCCCAAAAGAAUUUCAGGUGUCACCCAUUCUAAAUGUCUUCUCUAGGGCUAUAAGAAUCCAUCUUUAAAGUUGGGCGCUUUGGACCAGUCGGUCACGAUUCCGACCAUAUGCCAUCUGACUAUAGACGAAUUCUUUUGUUGUAAACAUGGGCGCCAUUUUAUAUGGGCUGCCGCAAGCGCAUUAUUUGAAGCCGUGGUUGGCAACAUGUUUUUCCCAAAAAAGUCCCCAUAACGCCCUCAAUACAAAGUAAAAAACAUGUUUAGGAAUUAUGUUGUAGCGUUGUUGACAAUAUUGUAUUUCCAACAAUCAAAUAAUAUUUUGGUGAUCUGUAAUAACUCUUCUUCACUUUUGCAGUUGUUGGACCUUCCAUAGUUUUGCAACCUGGGUUGGCAAAAAUGCAGUUUGCCAACCAAGCGUAGAAAGGUCUAUUGCAACAUCUGACAAAAUUUAAAUGAACAUAAGGAUUUUAUUUUACCCCUCAUGAUAAUUGUUGAAGGGAUAUAGCAUUUCAGUUUUAGGAUUUAUUGAUGCCUUCAAUAAACACGUCUAUGU